AGGGCCCGGGGAAAGCCUGACUGGCUCCCUGAAGCCUCCGGGGCGGCUUCGCCGGGGACGCACUUCCGCGACCGCGGAGGGAGACGCGGCGCGAGUCCGCUCCGAGUGGGCGAGCGGGAUGCUCGGGCCGUGAGGAGACGUAGGCCCAGAGUAUCUCUACUUUAUGUGCAGCUGUGCACCUGUUUCUUUUAAGUUGGAUAAGCCGAUUUUGGAGGAUUGGGUACACUAAGAGGAAUCGGUAGUACAGGACACUGUUGGGAGAGAUAACUAAUUACUUUGAAAUUUCUGACCGCACUGCUCAAGCCUACCUGCCAUGGGCUGCCGAGAUGUCCACGCAGCCACAGUCCUCUCUUUCCUGUGUGGUAUUGCCUCUGUAGCAGGCCUCUUCGCAGGGACUCUGCUUCCCAACUGGAGGAAAUUGCGACUGAUCACAUUCAACAGAAAUGAGAAGAACCUGACUAUUUACACAGGCCUGUGGGUAAAGUGUGCCCGGUACGAUGGAAGCAGUGACUGCUUGAUGUACGACCAUACUUGGUACUUAUCAGUUGACCAGCUGGACCUGCGUGUCCUCCAGUUUGCCCUGCCACUCAGCAUCCUCAUCGCAAUGGGUGCCUUGCUACUCUGCUUGAUUGGAAUGUGUAACACGGCCUUCAAGUCUUCAGUGCCUAACAUCAAACUGGCCAAGUGUCUGGUCAAUAGUGCAGGCUGCCACCUGGUGGCUGGACUCCUGUUUUUCCUGGCAGGCACUGUGAGCCUCUCGCCAUCCAUCUGGGCCAUCUUUUACAACACUCAUCUCAACAAGAAGUUUGAGCCAGUCUUUACCUUUGACUAUGCAGUGUUUGUCACUAUUGCUAGCUCAGGUGGUCUGUUUAUGACUGCUCUUCUUCUGUUCAUUUGGUAUUGUGCAUGCAAAUCUUUGUCCUCUCCUUUCUGGCAACCACUUUACUCUCAUCCUCCCAGUAUGCACACUUACUCACAGCCCUAUUCAUCACGUUCCCGCCUCUCUGCCAUUGAAAUAGACAUCCCAGUAGUUUCACAUAGCACUUAACAGAGAUAUAAUUAAUUGUUAAAAGUAUGUGUCAUAGCCUCACAGUCCCCUGCGUAAAGAGCCUUUUUGGACCUGUAUACAUUUUUCCUUCGUUCUUGACUAGUCAGUGGAGCCAAAUUUGUAUAUCUUGGUAGAAUGAAAUGCUGCUAGAUUUUCUGAGGUACAUAUUACAUUCUUCUAAAUGUGAAUCAUUCCUUUUAUCUUGCUUCUACUACUAGAGGGGUCUUUAGCCUCCUUGUACAUGUCUGAUGAAGUACGUGAACAGGCCUGUGAUAGCAGUUGAGGUGAUGAAAACAGCAUGUUAAGUGCUGUUUGAUCCUUACCGAUUUUUCAGAUUCUGUAUUGUCCGAUGACUUCAACUGAAAAGAGCAGUUUCAAAUACAAGGAACUUCAGUCAGAUAAGGAUUGCAGUUUGCCUCCAGAACUCUGCCAGCCUGAGGGUAUAAUUUUGUUCUCUCUUGGGACUACUUGACUGGGCAUCAGUAUACUGAAGAUUACUAUCUUCUACCUCAUUUCAGAAAAGUAAAAUGAAUUUAAAUGAUGUCAGAGUAAGGCUAUGUAACCAUAUUUAAAUAUGGUUAACAUUUAACUUCUUUUGGUCUUCAGACAGGUUCUUGCUGUGUAUCCCUGGCUGGCCUAGAAUUCACUCUGUAGAUCAAUCAGGCUGCCCUCCAACUUCCCGCCAUUCUCCUGUCUGCCUCAUGAGCACUGGUUAUAGACAUGCCCAACUUCAUCUAGCACACCAUAACUGUUAGUUACUAAUUAUAUGUUUGGAGUUAAAAUGUGCCAAGUGACAGGUUGGAGCAAGAAAUCCUUUCCAGAUAGCCAUGCCCUAUACCAACUGUUGAAGCCAAGUCAUAGGGUACAGAAGCCUGUUCUCAAUGACAGCACAAAAGAUUCAUUUAAGUAAUGACUGAUACAAAUGUGUUCAGCUUGACUGUUCAGUUCGGGCUUCAUCACUGGCUACUUGUCCUUCAGUGUUUAGGUCUGCCUAACACUCGAGUAAGUGCUUUAGAGGAUACACAGAAAGGAGGAUGUAGCUACAUCUGGGUAGAAAUUUUGAUCUAAUACACACCAAACUGAUAAGUGAUAGCCAGCAAAAAGGCUGCCUUUACUGGCAGCUUGUGAACUUGUCAAGCAUUGAUCCAGGAAGAUAGCCCCCUGAGACAUGCCUUCCUGGCACAGACAGCCUAUGGUACAGCAGCAGCAAUAUCCUGGACACUAUAAAGUCACUUGAGUUAGUUUCCUCUCAUAGUUUCCAAGCUGUAAUAACAGUUUCAGAUCAUGAGAAUGGGCAAGAUAGCCAAGAGAUGAAAUUGUACCUUUUCUACCUCUGAAAUUAAGGUGAUACAUUAAAGAGAGACAUUUUAAAAAUGUCUCCUCUGAUGUGUUAUCAAAUGGAUGAAACCAUGUUAAUACUAAAGUAACACUUUGACACUGAGAGCUGUUGGGUCUUAACUCUUAGGGGUUUGAGCUGCUCAUUAAUUGGUAUAAUUUCCAGCAGUAUGUUUAUUAAGGAUUGUGGUAUUGAUUUUUACAAGCGGCUGAUUUUAUGGUAAACAGUUCAUGAUGCCUCUUUUGCAAAUCCCAGUAUUUCUAUAGAGAUAUGUAGUACUUUCCCCUAAGUCCAACAUUACUUUAUAUACGCAAGUAAAUCCGGUUGUAUAAUUUUUAAAUGCUGUUCAUACAUAGCAUGCACACUAUGGUUUUUUUUUUUUUAAUUAUAGCUUAUAAUCUUUUUCACCUCUGGGUCUUCUCAUUCAUAGAUAAAGCUGAGUGUUGAUCAUUCCAAGACAAUGGCAGCUGGAAUUUUGAGAUUAAUAUUAGUUUUUUUCCCCUUUGUUAGUUAAUCUUGGUUUUUCUCCCACUAAACUUUUGUUCAAAAGGAUCAAGAAUUCCACUAUCCCUUGGUUUUAGUAUAAAAUAGAGUUAAAAGUAGGGUCAGGUGUGGUGGCCUUUGAUGUUAAUUCUAGUACUUGGGAGGCAGAGACAGGUGCAUCUCUCAGGACAUCCUGGACUCCAUAGUAAGUUCCAAGCCAGUCUGAGCUACAUAGUGAGACCCUGUCUCAAAAAUAAAUAAAUAAAUAAAAAUGAAAUAAAAAAAGAAGAAAAAGAAAGAAAGCAGCCUCAGCGAUGAGAAUACAAGACAGUUUGCAGCACACAGGGUUGUAACUACAAAUGUUAAGCUUUCUUAGGAAAGUCUUUUGGCAUCAUCAUCUAUAGCCUCCAAUUAGUAUUUAUUAUGAUUUCACUCAGGAAGAGAAACAGCUGUUUCUGUAUUAUCUUUUUAGCAUUCCAGAAUUGGCAUAAAUGACUAUUUUUUAAUGCCAUCAAAGGAAAGCAUGCAUUUACAAUCCUUUUGAGUCACUUGAGCACUCCUGGGCUAUUUUUGAGAUGGGGUGGAUAACUUCUUUUCUUUUGUUGUUUAAAAGCUGUUAAUUUCAAAGGCCUCCUAAGGAGCCAGCUUGGCAGAUAACCUCAAGUGUGAGAUGGUACACCAGAAUUGUGUUACCCAGCUUCAGAGAAGAAUAAAUCCACUCUGCUUGUAUAUAUGCCCUAUGGUGGAUAGUAUGUGCUGUAAACCACAAGGUAAAAACCUCAGUGACUGUGAUGUGCUGCCUCGUGUUUAUUAAAAGAUGUAUUUUUACAA